UCCCGUAAAGGCAUAAUUAAGAACGUUUAUGGUGUCAGAUGACUGAAGGAUUUGAAUUUUUCAUUAGCCUUAUUUUAAUAAUUGAUAGAUAUAUGUAUAAUCGAACAGGUUUUGUUCGAAUAAUUAAAAUCAAGAAGAGGGAAUAAAAAAAAAGCAAAUCCGUCGAUAAUUCGUGACGAAUGAUGAUCUUUAAAUUUCAUCAAUUCAAGAAAGCGGAAAUAUUAUGGAAAUGAAAAGAAAUUUGUCGAAUUAUUUGAAAUUGGAAAUAAGAAUAGAUCGAGACACGUGAAUGCUUCGUAAGAAGAAUCAGUUGGCUCGCACCAUUUUCGUUCUCAACACAUCGUUCUACGAUGGCACGACUCGCCCGGAUAUAUCUCGUUACUUUCAAUGGCCGAUUGGCACUAGACAUCUUUCUUUAUUUGCUUUUACGUUUCAACAAUUCUUACCAUGCAUUGAUAUUUUAUCAACACGAACGAUUCGAUCUCGUCGCUAUAAAUUUUUCACUUUCGAGCAAUCCAAAUAAUCCAAUAAUAAAAAAAACAUCAUCAUAAUGUAGAACACAAAAAAAGAAGAGACACAAACGAACAUGUAUUGCACUGUUAGGUCUCUUGAACUAUUUAUGUUAUUUCCUGCCUAGCUUCGCGUUAGAGUUAGAUAUAUAUCGUGAUCUAUUCGCAUCGAGAGCAGCCGACAUAGGAGUGUAUAAAAGUACCAGUACUUGCGCGUGAGAGAGUUCUGACGAAGAGAGAAGAAGAUGAAGAACCCAUUUUAGAGGCAAAGAGAGAAGGAGAGAGAAAGAGAGAGAAAGAGAUAGUCUGAUGUGGAGUGUCAGUUGAUAGGUUUACGAUAGCUGCCGAAAGAUUGACGGCCGAAUCCGUCAGCAGUUCUCUACGCGUGGACGCACUCGGGAUUUUCUGCAAUUUUCCUGUCGGUCUUCGGCGCUCGUAGGCCAAGCACGUUCCUUCAAGGUUCGAAAGCUCGGCAUUCAAUUCGAUCCGCGUAUCUCGACUUCGCGGGGCACAAGUAGGCUUUCACUGAAAAUACGAGAUUGCGUGAACUCGCGAUCAUCUCCGAGGCGAGCUCGAUUUCUAUUUUUUUUCUUCGUUUUCUUUUUUCGUUUUCUUUCUAUUUAAAAAAACUCACCAGCAUGGUCCGUUAUUUGCGCACGCUGUCAUCUAAAUUUCUAAUGAAAGAAUAUCCCGACGACUAACAAAUCCGUCUGAUACAAUCGCGUAACGUUUGAAAACGUUGAAGGAGUGGCAAUAAUUUGUUCAAUGAAAUAAUGAAAUCGCAAAACGAAAACGAAAUGCGUCGUUAGGAACUUUCCCACAAACUAUAAAUCACGCUCUAACGAGGUAGAGAAUUUUUUUUUAGACGAUCCAAUUAAAAGUCAUCCUAUAGAAAUAGAUUAUCUAAAACUAGGAGCAACGAGAAAGAAUAAAGGCUUCGCGCGUACGAAUAUCUGGUCGAUAUGCAUAUAUAUGUAUAACGAGUCGUGUUCACCGAACGCCUCCGUACCUUUGUUGACGUACAAAGGAACGGCGUGACAGUUCAGCCCUUCUCCUCCCGUUGUUCUCCAGGGUUGAAAGAGAGGACAGAGAGAGAGAGAGAGAGAGAGAGAGAGAGAGAGCGAGAGGAAGAAAAAGAGAGAGAGAGAGAGAGAGCAUCGACACGAAGAGAAACAGCAGCAGCACCAGCAGCAGCAGCAGUAGCAGCAUAGCGAAUAUUACGGGGGCGUCGAGGUGGAGGGAGAGUCGUUGGGGGAUAAAGAGGGAGAGAGGGGAGAAGACGUAAUUCAACGCAUGUGCACAGGGCGCCUCGCGUCGCGGCGCUCUGGCUCCCGCCGUCGGAGGCUGCGAGAAAUCGAGUCGUCGCUCGGAAUUCGCGGAUCAGAGUGGUCGCAUCUCUCGUUAAAGGCAUACUAACGUGCUGUGUAUCGUAAGCUCCGCGGUAAGCUCCGCGGCGUUUCAUGGGAAUCGACGGAACUGCCGGCGUCCCGACGCUGGCUGUCGACGCGUACGCGACGAGAACGAAAGUGAUCGUGUUUUUUAACGAGGACGAUGACAAGGAUAACGUUGAGCGAUCGGUGACGAACGAUACCAUUUUUGGAUCUUGGAUACCCUGUUCGCAGUAUGUCUUAGAAAUAAACGAAGAAGAUGAGAAAAUCGGAAAUCGACAGGGAACAAGUACAUUGAAUUUCUUCGCUCGAGGAGAACCAAUACCGAUCUUUCGUCUAACGAGAGAAGGAAGGUGCAACGAGACUCGCAGGACGACUAUCGGCCAUCGCGAAAGGCAGGACUCUUCGAGGAGGAGCGAGUCUCUCGGUUAAUGGAUCUCGAGAGGAGUACAUGUACGUCCAAGAGUAGACGUACCGGUAGUGCCUGAUUUCACUCGGAAGUAAGGGAGAAAGGAAGGAAGGACCAAAAAAAGAAGAGAGUGUUACGUGUCUUUACGAGAAGAAGAGGGUAGAUCGAUUCGAAGCGAACCGAAGGAACGAAUUGAUCGUUCUUUCGUAUGACUCCGUAGGAUAACAGCUCGCUUAUUUUUUAUUAUUAUUCAUUGGCAACGCUCGGCAGAAAUAAUUGCGAAUUCGUCUAAAAUACCGUGACCGACCGACGGGUAUCUUUCAAUGGUGUCGAGAGUGUCCCGUUAAACUACGAGAUAAAGUACGUUAAAGUGCGAAAGAAGAAGGAGAAGCCGGUGGUGAGUGAUAAGGGAAGAAGAAGGGUGAUAUGGUGAAUGGACUUGUUUGGACGCGUUGCUAUCAGGUAGAGGAAAGAGAGGUAGCUAGGAGGACAGGUACUCGGUCGAUGGUGUUGUCUUUGUCAUCGUCAACGACGAGGAGUGUCGGUGAUCGCGUGGCGGACGUUCCGAUCCUCGUUGUUAUCUUUCUCGGAGCUGGUCCGAGGUCGGAGCAAACGGAAGAAGCAGAGGAAGAGGAGGAGGAGGCGGCUGCGGCGGCGGCGGUGGUGGUGGUAGUGGUGGUGGUGAGCCGAGAACUCUCGAGGAAGUAUCAACCACGACGGGGCCCAGCGCUGGGCCGAAGACAGGGCCCCCGGUGCAGGGACGCGAAGAGGAACGUCACCCGGAGGGGGAAGCCGAGGUCGGCUUAGCAGCCGUAUCAGCAACGGCCCUGAAACCACAGGGGAGAGGUCCUACCCCCUUACAAAGGGGGACGCAAACCGGGACCGGGAGGCGACCGAGACGACGGAGACGCCGGAAAAAGAAGCGACGGAGGUGAGCCACCGAGGUGCGGCGUAAUUUCAUCAAUAGGGUGGGUAGAGGAUCGAAACGCGUCCGGAGCAGCUUGGUGCAUUAAACGAAGGGAUCAUAUCGGGGAAGACGAAGGACUCUGACUACUAGCCUCCCCUUCCCUCGUGUGCGCGACUACUCUUCCCCCCUUUUCGCGUCUAAAUAAUAACGUUCCCUCCCAUCGUUGCUCCAGUUUCCGAUUUUUCUUUCUUCGGUGGUGAGCCAAGUGUGAUAAAAAUCAAAUGAUAUGUACCAGUGAUCAGAGGUGAUGGUGGUGUGAUACUACGAGAGAAGGGUGCGCGCGUGUCAGAUCUAUGUGUGUGUGUGAAUAGAAGAAGCGAAAUAGAGCGAGAGGGUGAGAGGGUGAGAGAGAGAGAGAGAGAGAGAGAGAGGGAGAGAGAGAGGGAGAGAUAGGGUGAGAGAGCGAGGGCAAGGAUUACGAAGAUACACGGUUAGAGGUAAUAAAUAUAUAAUAUAUGUAAAUGUAUAUGUAUACAUUCAUGUAAAGACGUGUGCCAGUGUGUGCGUACGGAGAGUACAAAAAGUUUAGUUAUAUAGGAGGUAAUAGAAGAGGAGAAAAAGAAAAGUUACGAAAAGAGCAAAAUAAAUAAAAAAGAAGAGCGAAGAAGGAUCGGUUUAAGAAGGAGUCAAAAAGUGAGACAGAAGGAAGAAAGAAAGAAAGAAAGAAAAAAAGAAAGAAAAAGAGAGAGAGAGAGAGACAGAGAAAAAGAGCGUGGAGAGGGUGGUGGUGAUAUCGGCAGGUGGGAGAGGAGGGACAGUAGUAGUAUAGCAUGAGUUCGUACUUCGCGAAUUCGUACAUCCCGGACCUGCGAAAUGGCGGGGUGGAACACCCGCAUCAGCAUCAGCAGCACUACGGUGCCGCGGUACAGGUGCCUCAGCAAACGCAAUCGGUACAGCAGCAAUCGCAACAGCCUGGCGAUCCGUGCGACCCGAGUUUGCUCAGGCAGGCGGUGUCCGCGCACCAUUAUGGGGCAGGUGGGGGUGCCGGUGGUGCCGGUGGACAGCAGGACAUGCCAUAUCCGAGGUUUCCGCCGUACAAUCGGAUCGACAUGCGAAACGCGGCGUAUUAUCAGCAUCAACAGGAGCACGCUGGAAUGGACGGUAUGGCGGGCUACAGGUCGGGCUCACCGACCACGGGGAUGGCUCACAUGGGUCACACACCCACGCCGAAUGGUCAUCCCUCGACCCCAAUCGUCUACGCGAGCUGUAAACUUCAAGCGGCCGCCGUCGAUCAUCAGGGAAGCGUUCUCGACGGGCCUGACAGUCCGCCGCUCGCCGUCGAGACUCAAAUGCACCAUCAAAUGCACACCCAGCACCCUCAUAUGCAGGCCCAACAGGCACAACAGACGCAUCAGCAACAGCAAUCCCAACACCAACAUCUACAGGCGCAACAACAGCACAUGAUGUAUCAACAACAACAGCAACAGCAACAGGCUCAGGGUACGACGCAACAGCCUCAACCUGGCAUGCACCCUCAACAGCAGCCUCAGACGCAGCAGCAUCAAGGGGUCGUAGCUUCGCCGCUUGGCCAGCAGCAACAGCCUACCCCUCAGGGAGCCGCCAGCGCGAACCUACCCAGUCCUCUCUAUCCUUGGAUGCGGAGUCAGUUCGAGAGAAAGAGAGGCCGACAAACGUACACCCGUUAUCAAACGCUGGAGCUGGAAAAGGAGUUUCACUUCAACAGAUAUCUCACGAGGCGGCGACGUAUCGAGAUAGCGCACGCCCUUUGUCUUACGGAGAGACAGAUAAAAAUCUGGUUUCAGAACAGGCGGAUGAAAUGGAAGAAGGAGAACAAGUCUAAGGGUGAUCCAGGCUCGGGCGAUGGCGACACCGAAAUUUCUCCGCAAACGUCGCCGCAGGGUUGAAAGAACCCCCCGGAGGAGUGGAACUUCCAAAGAGGUCUCAUCUCUCUCAGGGUCGUUAAUACCUUAUUUCCAGCACUACCUCCUUCCCCAAACCCCUAUUUGAUGACCUCCCCCUCCCCAGGACAACCCCCGAUUCCCUCGACCCCCCUCCCUCGUCUAAUCAUCCCCCAACCAGCAAUGACGCUUCUUUUGUCGUGUUAAUCAAGUUACUCGUACCAAAAAAGGAAGACGUAGUAGGAAUAGAAGCGAAGAAGACGCGAUGAAGAACGUUCUUGUAGUAUAGAGAAGAAGAAGAAUGAACGAUGACAAAGGAAUGGUAGAGAGAAAGUGAGAGAGAGAGAGAGAGAGAAAGGAGGAGUAUGAUGGUGCAGACAAGGACGACAAGAUUGAAGGAAGGGAACAUGGAACGGUGAAGGAGAAAGAGAAUGAAGAGAAAAAUAAAAGAGGGUGAGAGAUGAAAGAGAAAGAGAGAGUCGGAAGAGAAUUUAUGGGAAUGAACGAUGUUACGAAUAUAACGGAAUGAAGAGGCAAAAUAAAAGGAACUGGAUCACAUGCUAAUCAGAACCGCGUUAACCUCCAUUACGUUUAAACGAACAUAAUUGUACUAAAGUCUAUAUAAAUAUACGUCGUCGAAGGAAAUGUACGUAUUUCAAUACGUUGAUUGUCACUCGAUUGUCGUACGUCUUUUUAUUUUGGGUGGCUACGGUAUCAAAGUUUCAUUAUUAUAAACAUAUGAUAAUAAAUUAUUACGUUUUGUGAUUAAGCGAGAUUAUACUAUUAUUAAUAGUGUGCUUUUAUUUCGUCGAUGAUCACUCGAGUUCAUCGUGAUCCUUCGAAAGUAGCAAAAGAAAAAGAAAAAGAAAAUUUGCACAGAUAAAGUAAUUAUUUUCAUUGUUUCGUAGCACACAUUAUUUAUUAUACAUUGUUAUCUAGUUAUUGCAAAUUUUUUAUUCGGUUUCAUACACUGACUUUACUAGUUAUUAAUUUGUAAAUCUUUCCCAUUGAACGACAUGAUACCAUUUAAAAGACAAAAUCUAUAGUGGCAGUCAACGUGUUAACGGAAACUGCGAGAAUAUCGAUGCAAGUGUAUGAGAAAAUAUGGAGUAUAAAGGAAGAUGUGUGUAUCUGCCUGUGUGAUAGAUAAUACGUGUGCGUUGAUAUCGAGUGAAGAAAAAAAAAAAAAGAUAAAACCGCGUAAUAAGUUAGGAAAAUGUUUUUAUUAUUUAUUCUCUUACGUCGUAUACACGUAUAGUCGUAGAGAGCGGUUAAUAGGAUAUAAGAGAGAAUGAAAGAAGAGAGAAAGAGAGAAAGAAUGAGAAUGAGAGAGAGAAAGAGAGAGAAAGAGAGAGAAAGUGAUGGUUGUCCAUCUAUAAUUCUAUGUAGCGGUGAAUGUACGAGCACAGUUUAGUGUCUUUAGAGAUCGUUUAGAUAGUUUUUUCGCUGCACUACCGCGCGCGCGCGCACGUACGCACGUACGCACGCACGCACGCACGGCCAGUGGCUCGGCGAAGGCAUCUCGAAUUUUCUGCGAACGUGCCAACGUGUGUGAUCUUUUGAACGUAUUUUUCGCGUUAUCGAAACCGGAAUUCACGUAGGCAAAGAAGAGAAAACGGACGGAAUGGGAAAUAAAAGAAAAAAAAAAAAGAAACGAGAAAGAGAAAAAUUGGAAGAACGAAUCGAGAAAAUGAGGAAAAAAUUGUAAUACUUAUACAUACGAAACAGUGAAAAAAAGUGCGCGUACGGGUGUCCAGUUUGUUCGUAAAACGAGACGCAAAAUUAGUGAAAUACGGUGAUAAAACGAAAACGAAAACGAAAAUGAAACGAAACGAAACGAAACGAAACGAAUCGGAUAAUGAGGAAAAAAGAAAGAAAUAAGAGGACAGGAAGAUGGAAGAUGGAAGCAGGAGUAUCGAACGGAGCGAAGUCAAAAAUGUUUUUUUUAUUUUUCUUCGAUAUAUUUUUUCGCCUUUUUUUUUCUUUUUUUUUCUUUCUUUUUUUUUAUUAUUAACAAGAAGAAAACGAGUGAGAGAUCGGUGAAGGAAAAGUAAAGGAAAAGAAAAGCAAAGAAAAGAAAAGUAUAUAAUUUAGGGAAGAAACGGCGGAGGUCCUCCGGCAGAGCAGAGACCAGCCAACUUGGCGUUUAUUCAUCUAUAUCGUCGCAAGGUCAGUCUUAUAUAUGACAGUUAAAUUAGAAAUUAUUCGUUCGAUCGAGUUUACGUUUCUUAUCGAAUUAUAUCAUCAAAGGUAUUCGUAGAAACGUAUGACCGAUUAGAAAAUCGUUAAUCGAAUCUUGUAUCGCCUUGUGUUUAACUCUAAUGUGCCAAUAGCAUUUGAAAAUUGUGCAAAUAACAAUUCGACGGAUCAAUACAUUUUCUUAGUUUGAUAAUUCUCUUUUCUUCUCUGCACUUUCUACUAUCAUGGCUACCGGUUUUAAUCGAAGGAAGAUGUUCAGCGUAUUUUUCAAAGAGAAACGCGUUGCAAAGCGAGUUUACGCGAUCGUAAAACCGGUUCUUCCGAUUAAUCGAGUAUCGUCGAUAAAGAGAAAGAGAUAGAUAGAUAGAGAUAACGAGAGAGGAAGGGUGGGAAAGAGAGAGAGAGAGAGAGAGAGAGAGAGAGAGAGAAUGAGAGUGAAAGAGAGAGAGAGAGAGAGAGAAAGAGUGAAAGAGUGAGAGUACACAGCAUCCAUUAUCUUGAUUUACAUGCAUCUUCCUUCGACGGUGAAAACGCGCUUUAAUGAUCUCGAUCGACCUCUUCCGGAAUUACGUUGGAAAUAAUUCGCAUUCGCGGCACGACGACCUUUCGUUUCUGUAAAUAAUUUUCCAUGUGGAAUAACGGGGAGGAGUAUAAAGGGGAUAUAUAAAGAAGUGGGGGUGGGGGUUAUCGGGGAUGGACGAGGAAGAAGGUAUAUUAUUCUCGCGCACGAUCGUCGAUCCCUUAAAAAUCGACUCCUGCUCCGCGCGACGUGAGGCCAAGUUACCAAGUGAUGUAAUACAUAGUGUAUUUUUGGAAUAGGAUGUUUUCGGCAUGAAACCGCUUGGCAACUUAAUGGCGUCUCGAAAGUGGGUUUACUGGCACGGGAUCCUCUCGUCGCGAGCCAAAGUCUCUUUCGUAGAGUAACGGCGCGUAAUUUUGAAAGGAAAAAUGAAAAUGAUACAAAAAAAAGGAACAUAAAAUAAAAUAAUAAAAAAAAAAAGAAGGAAAAAGGAAAGACACUUGUUCGAUCACCGUCCAUGCUUGCGACGAAAGUGGCAUCACCAUUUUAACAAAAAAAAAAAAAAAAGAAAAAGAAAAAAAAAGAUUCGCAGUGCGGUAUAUCGCUUUGUCAAAUUUUGAAAAUGAAAGAAAAGAAAAAAAAAGAACAUGAAAAUUGUAUCGCUUUUCCUCGAUCGCAUUGCAUUUUGUCCUUAUAUUUCUUACAGAAAAUUUCUAACUUAAUGAAUAUCGUUCGCGUUGAGCGUUGGGACGCGUUAAAUGUGUCAAGCGGUGAACCGGAUAGCCUGUCGGCUCGAACACCGAGCGUGAUAAGAACGAAAGUUCCUCCGAUCGGCCGGAAAAUGUCGCUAACGAAGAAUUCGAAGAAAUUCUGUACUCGGUGUUUUUAUCCUAGCGAGCCAAGGUACUCCGCCGCGGCGAAAUCUGUGCUGUGUUGUAAACUUAGCUCGACAUACGUUUAGUUUAUACCUGUAUACACAUGCUCACGUACACAUAUACAUAUACACACACACACAUACACGCAAACACACACACACACACACAUCAUUAACGAUAUACGUAAUGAUCGAUAUUAACGAACACUUAAUGAUAAUUAUAAUGAUACAAGUAAUAAGGAUAAUGAUAACGGUAAAAAUAAACGGACGGCGCUGCUGAUGGAAGUAUUAACACAAAAACGAAAUAAAUGAAGAAAGGAAAGACAAAAGAAAAAAAAGUAAAUGUCGCGAUCUUGAAAGUCGCUCUGUAGAUUGAUGUUAAAAGAGAAUGAAUGAAAUAAAGAAAAAGAAAUACGGGGAAAGGUACGUAGAAGUCGUACGCGUUUCGUAUGUACAUACUCAUCGAAAUCGUCUCCCCCUAUUUCGUGUUUAAAAGAUAAACGAGCGUGAAAAACGUGCUUACCGAUAUACGUAAUUAAUGGUCGAUCAUUCGACGGCCGGCCUUCCUUAAUCGAAAGAUUUAUUUAUGGAAAAUCUUUUUGUCCUUUGAAAGCAACGAACUCUCUAUAAAAAGAUUUCCGGCGAUCGUUCUUUCACACUCUUCGUUCUUUGACUUUACAUUUCACUGACGAUUUAACGAAACCAACAAAAAAAUCUUUCUCUUUAUUAUAAACGAUAAUAUUUAAAACUAUUACGAUAAUGAUAAUAGUAUAUUUUUUGCUUAAUUAUAAAGAGAAAUGCCGUGGGAGAUCGUUAAAUGGAUUUAUCGAAAGACGAUCGAUUCGUGUAUCGUUCAUUUGACCGUGACAUUCAUUGAUAUAAAUUGAUCGUCGAUACGAAAUGAUCGACGACGAGAUCGUACGUUCUCUCGUAGAAAUUUAAUCGUCGUUUCGAUGCUCGUGUACUUAACUACGUAAUACACGUGAAUGGCAUUCGAAAGUAGCAUAAUCAUAAUUGGCCUGAAAUAACGUCGCCCCGAAGAAAAUGAAUGGUAUCGUGUUCGCAUUGACCGUAAAACCAUUCAUCACAUUUCUUCUUCUUCUUCUUCUUCCUCCACCUACAGUUUGAAACGUAUGAAAAAAAAGAAAAAAAAUGUAUAAAGACAUUUUCCACUCAUAGAUUAUGGGCGUGCGGUUUGUUAUCUCGACUCGUUAUCGGUUAGCUAGCUCUUGGUGCACCGAGACUAGUAGUCUGACUCGCACUUUCGAUAACGCGAUUUAUAAACGCGUGCGAUAAAUCGAUUAACCUUAGCAGUUCGAAGCAACGAUCCUUUCGAGCAUUUCGUCGAUCGCUCGCGACACGCGAGUUAAUUCCAGAUACAUUAAUCAGCGAUACGAUCUAUAUGGGUCAGAUAAUAGUUGGCAUUGAGGUGCCGAGGGUGCGGCUUUGCGAGACAAAGCUGCUAUUUAUUACCCUUACGCCACGAUAACGGACGUGUUACGACACGGUACGACCAAAGUCCCGAUCAAAAUUUUCCGUUUUUCCUUCUCUCGUUCCUUGAUCUUUCGAGAUAAUCGAAAGACUUCGAAUCGAUCGAGGGACUAUGGAUUUUUCGACUUCGAAAUCAAUUCCCUUAGCGAUAUCCCAAGUAUUUCUCUUUUCUAAAAGUGAUUUAAAAGUGCAAUAAACGAUCGUAUUUUAUUCUUUUUUCUUUCCUUUUUUCUUUUGUAUUUUUUUUUUUUUUUUUAUUCUUUUUCUUUCUAAUCGAUCGUAAUCGAGAAAAACUCGUCGUCGAACGAUCGCCGUGAACAUCGACUUUACAUAAAAACAAAUGAAAUUUUGUAUUCGACGAAUAGCCGAGUUCCAUUUAAACGUAGAAAGGUAUAAAAUGUUAUGUGACCACGAGUAAAAAGAAAAAGAAGGAUAUAUAAACAAUGAAAAAUUGAGAAAAAGAGUGAAUGAAUGAGAGAGAAAAUUCGUAGGAUUAACUGGAAGGUAUAAAUUCAAAUUAUAUAUUUUAUCUCUACUCGUAUGCAUAUAGUCGCGUAAUGAAAAAAAAAAGAAAAGGUAAAUUAUAUAUAUAUAAUUUAUUAUAUAUAUAUAUAUAUUAUAAUAAUUUAAAGUAUAUGUGUGUAAAAGAGUUUUGAGAGUAGAGGGAGAUGAGACAAAAGUUGGAAAAACAAUGUGUACGUACGAAGUGUGUCACUACGUUAGCCCGUAAUCUCGAUAAGAUUAAGGACUAAAGUCUACUUCCUAAGGUGGUAAUUAAAUAGAUUAUUAAGAAAAACGGGCGUGUCGGUUGCGGCGGGCGGGGAAAACGGCUAAUAACGAAGAUCAGAUCGAUUUUAGAGAACGAAAGAAAUAGAAAGAGAGAGAGAGAAAGAGUGAGUGAGAGAAAGAAAGAAAGAAAGAAAGAAAGAAAGAAAGAAGGAGAGAAAGAGUGAGAGAAUGAAAGAAUGAAUGAAAUGAAAAAUGAUUGCGAUUGAAAUUCCGCUGUUGUGAAUAUGGAGAUAUAUAACAAGAAAUAGUACGUACUACGUAGUUCAUGGAGUUUGCGGUAAUGUACAUACGUAAUCUUAAUGUUUCUACCGGAGAGCCCGUAAACGUCAUGACGCAUAAGCGGCGUUUCGAAUGAGAGAGAGAGAGAGAGAGAGAGAGAGAGAGAGAGAGAGAGAGAGAGAGAGAGAGAGAGAGAGAGAGAGAGAGAAAGAGAGAGAAAGAGAGAGAGAGAGAGAGAAACACAUACAACCAGCAGCUUUCGACCGAUUAUAUCGUUUAGCAACGUAGUAUUUAUUGAUAUACCAUGUUAUAUGUCGCAAAAUGGAUCCUUUAUUUGUUUUAACUGAUUGUCUAAUAAAUAUUUUUUACAAUGUAAACAGGUAGUUUUUAGGUGUAUUUGUGCGUACCAAGUCAAAUGAUAUCCCAGAAAAUUGUCUGUUUUCUUAAACCGAGAAAUACCAUGCGUGUAUUCGAAGUUUUCAUUCUACUCUACUAACACUUUCGAUUACUUUGCGUCAUUCACACACUGUCAGCUCUCAAAACAAAUCUCAGCUGAUUCCUUGUAAUAUUAGUAAUUCUGUUUUUUCUUCUUCUUUCGUUUUUUUUUCUUUUCUUUUUUUUUUUUUUUCUUUGCGUUAUCGUAUAUAUCUUUUAAUAUUUCGAACAGUCGAAAGUAGCGUGGGAAGAACUUUUAUUCAUGAAAAUUAGAUUGCGACUAGAGACUCGAAUCGAGUUAGAAUAAUCGAUAUCUGGAAGUCGUGACCUCGCACGCGAAUGCACCGAAGAGUUCCUGACCCCCUGUGCUCUCCUGGCAGGUGUCGUUAGUUUCGUAUAAUAAAUUUAUAAGUAUAUUGUACAUCUAUCGAGAUCAUCUAUCUUUAAAAUAUAUUUAGCAGAGAAAAGGAAAAAAGAAAAAAAAAAAAAAGAAGAGAAGAUUCCAUCGGCUCCGAACUUCGCUCUCGAUUUAAAUAAACUCGUCGUUAAAUUUCGCGCUGAUAGUAACUUAAAAACCUUUCGCAACCUGAAACGCGUUCACGUUUUUUUUUCUCUCUUCACUUUUUUUCUUCUUUUAUUUAUUUAUGAAAAGAUCGAACGAACGAAAACGCUCGACGGGAUAUCGAUCGAUCAAAAAGUAACGUAUCUAAGUACGUACGUAAGAACGAUUGAAUUUCAAUGUUUUAUCAUUUCUACCAGUCACUUACGACGAUAAAUCGCGAGGUAGUUCGCGAAAGCUUAACUUUGUACCGUACUAAAUCAACUAAUUUAAUACUCAACGCUCGUCGAUGUAUAUCGUGUGUAAAUACAGAAGUAAUUAAGAUGCAUCGGAUAACGGUAUCAUCGCGUCAGUCUGGACAUUGCGCGCGAGUUAAAUCGAUUUCUCCGACGAAUACGAAUAGACGAAUUAUUCGAGAUGUCAUUUCAAUUCGAGGAAGGGAAAAAGAAAAAUCAAAAAAAAAAGAAAGCAAAAGGGAAAAAAGAGGAACGAAAGAAAAAUUACAUGUAGCGUACGCGAGGUAUCCCCCUUCGAACUCACAUCCCUUAUUCCCCAUCGGCAGAGCACAGCGCACGAAGACUGAUAGACCCGGUUAAAUAUUACAUACAUACAAUAUAACGAGAAACAUUGUAUACAUUUAAAACGCGAUAAGUUUGAUAUCGACCAAAAUAAUGCAAAAUCGAUAUAUAAAUACUCGACUACGUGUACGAAUAUAAAAUAAAACAAGUUCCUCGACUUUACGAAAAUGUUCGGAAGUCGAUCAACGAAUGAAUACCGCGAAUCGUUCAGAAAAUUUCAAAAGAAAAGAAAAGAAAAAAGAAAUAGAGAAUAGAGAAGAUAAAAAAAAAAGGAUAAAAAAUAAAGAAAGGAAAAAUUUACAGAAAAAAAUCAAAUUGUUUCUCGUGCUCUGUCGCGCUUCUUUAAUCGGUCGUAGAGCAAUAAAAAAAAGGCGCGAACGAUCAUCCCACGUUGUACAUAAUCCGAUGGACGUUGUGUAAAACAUCUAUGGUACUUACUUUCUUUUUCUUUUUUUUUUUUUAUCGGCAGGGCAAUGACUAAAGGCGACGUCUGACGUCGCGGCAUCGAAUCGCGAGCCGCGACCCCUGUAUACGAUACCGCGUAGGUAAAGUAGGUACCUGUUUAAUAGACUAAAAGAAAAAAAAACUACAAAGUAACGGUAGCAGAGGUCUAAUUAAUUACUAGCUAUAUACCGAUACGAUGUUGUAACGAUUACAGAUCGACAGGUGCACGAAUAAUCUUGUCGAUCGAGCGACAAAAUCGUUCGUGAUCCUGACGUGUAACAUAGUGUAAGAGGAUGACAAUAUUUCGACAGCCGCUACGUUGUCGCCGGCUCGCGUGGUCGCUCUUGUGUGUAUAUGUGUGAGUGUGUAUGUACAUGUGUGUAUGUGGCGCGCGCGCGUGUGUGUCUGUAUAGAAAAUCUCUAACUUUUAUAUUCUCUAUUUAUAUUUUCUAUUAAAAAAUUAUCGUAGAAAAUGAAUUGGAUAAUUCAGUGAAGCAAUUGUUUAAUCGAUUACAUAUUUGAAAAUGUUCAAAUCAUUUUUAUUUAUUUAAUUUUUAAUUUUUAAUCUUUUUUAAUUUUUGUUAUGCACACUCGAGUGACCCGCGCUCGUGCAAAUGCAUUGCCCUGACCGAAGAUCGUGUACGUAAGCGUUAUAUAUUGUAUGUACACGAAAGCAUACAUACGAUUGCGCAUAUACAUACACAUGCACACGAACCGAACAUAUACAUACUCACAACACGUAUUAUACACGCUACAGGUGCGCGCGUUUACGCACAAGAAGCUACAGAAAUGGUGCUUCGUACAAGUAUAUACCUACAUACAUACGUACCGGGUACAAUGCACUCGUUCGAAUGAUUGCGCGCGAUGCGAGAGAAGAUAAAGAAGUAAAAAUAAAACUAGAUUUAUGUUGGUGCGCCUACAAGCCGAAAAAAACGUAGGCCACGCUACCUUACCGAUCGAUAAGUGAAUAUAAAGAAAGAAAUAUAUAUAUAUAUAUACACACACACAUAUAUAUAUAUGAAUUUAAAUAUAUACAAAUUAUAUAUAUAUAUAUAUUUAAAUAUAAAUAUGAAUAUAAAUAUAAAUAUAAAUAUGAAUAUAAAUACGAUAUUAUUACGACUACGAUAAACGUAUAUAAUUAUUUUGUAGUGUUCCGCAUUAUGUAAACUAAAUGUACACAUACAAAGUAUGACAGCGUUGUGAUGAUAUGAUGAUUAUAAUGAUGAUGAUGAAAAGGAUGAUGAUGAUGAUGAUGAUGAUGAUGAUGAUGAUGAUGAUGAUGAUGAUGAUGAUGAUGACGACGACGACGAUGAUAAUGAUGAUGAUGAUUAUAAUUAUGAUUAUAAUGAUGAGAUGAUUGCGAUGAUAUACCAUAUGCACGCGAAUGAAUUAUGUAUUAUGACGAAUGACUAAGACGUCGAUGGAUAAUGAUAAUAGUAUUAUAUGCUAUCGUGUCGACAAGUCUAAACCGUAUUGUAUUAUAUUAUAUAAGAGUCUGUCCAUAUUAAUAAUAUUAAUAUUAAUAAUAAUAAUAAUAAUAAUAAUAAUAAUAAUAAUAAUAACAAUAAUAAUAAUAUUAAUAUUAAUAAUAAUAAUUAUAUUAAUUAUAUAAUAGCUGUGUUUGAAAACGAAAAAUAAAUUGUGGUUGAAUAUGAAAAGACCGAAGUAGUUUAGAAGAAAAACGAGAAAAAAAAAAGAUCUAAGAAGAAAAAGAAGAAAACGUAGAACGCGAAAAUCCAUAGGAUUAAACGUGAGACUUAUGAGUUUUCCUUUUCGUACGUUUCGUGAGUGCACGAAAAGUCUUCUUCGUGUCAGAGAUCCGAGUUGGAUGUCCUUUCUUUUAUAUUUCUAUCUUCUUUUCUCUUUUCUUUCGGUUCGGAAACAUUUCUCUUUCCCUUCGUACUAUAAACACUUAAGAGGAAGGAACAAAAGAAUAGAUCCGUGUUUUGAGGUAGGAAUGAAGCCGCGAUGAUAGCACGUGACUCGUCGAUUUCACGAAUGCUUCCUUCGUCUUCGUCGAUUUAGUUAGUUACAAUGGAAAUAGUCGAAUGGAUACGCCACUGGGACGUUCUCGAAAGGUACCUUGUACCCCGGAGGUUGCAUUUAUACGAAUUGCGGCGGAAGGAACCAUUGUAUAAUCCAAGAUGGCCUCCACGUCGGAGAGGAUUAUUAUUGGCUAAUACGAGGCAAGAGGCUCCGCCUUGGUUCACGGCUCGUGACGGGAUGAUUUAUUGGGAUUUCUGUCUGUUCGCCCCUGCGCUGCAACGAACGCGCCGUACCUAGGCUUUCCUAGACGGUAGGUAGGUAUCUCUCUGUAGAACUACGAUAUCGACUCUAGAAACGAGUCCAAGGAUGUCUUCGUUCUUAUGUCGAUUUAACUUCUUAUGCCUUUGUUGGAUCCCAUGCCUAUCCUUUUGACGAUGCUUUAAAGAAAAUCCAGGUUACAGGUCUAUUCGUUUCAAUUCGCUUAGAAAUCUAAUUCCUCGGACGAGAUAAUUCCCACGUGUGAAUUAUCGUCCUGGAGUCUGACAGAUCGUCCGACAAAAAGUAUCUCGUUAAUUCGAUUUCGUACUCGAUGAUACGUUCGAUAGUGUUUCGUUGCUUUCGAUCUCUCAUCCACUUGGCAAGGACAUCGCUUGACUCCGCACGUGCUGACGUCAAUGAGCGAGGGAACAACGGAGAGUUGACGAAGCGUGACUUUGGUUCACCGAGGAAGAAGAAAAAGAAGAAAAAGAAGAAGGAGAAGAAGAAGGAGGAGGAGAAGAAGAAGAAACAAGAGAAUAAGAGAUGUGGGUUAGGCGUUUCAGGGCCAAGAGAAUUCCUCGGAGGUGUAUACGAGUUGAAGAUACGUUUGAAGAAGGGUGAGACAAGGACGGACGACAAAGGAAGAAUGCUGGAGAUAGCGAGAGCGAGCGAGAGAGGGAACUGGGAAGAUAGAAGGGCUGGAAGGAGGAUGGCGGUCAGAAUUUAUGGGCGCUUUAUCACUUUACCGGCCUUGCCGCGUCUCCUUUAGCUGUGAGGAGGGCAGGAUCUCACGAUGAACUUUGGCACUCGACUCGGUCUACACUCGACGAACGGUUGGACCCAGUAUGGCUGCCACGUGCCACCAGAUGUCGUCCACGUUACCUCCAUGAUGUAUAAGCCGACGAGGUUCGAGAAAUUCGUCGAAUAAUCAACGUUUUAAAGGGAAACCAAAUGAUUCUCUCUGAAAGUCCUUUCAAAACUGGCGCCCUUUCGAAGACCUGGCAGCCAUUAGACUCCAAAGAGAAGAGAGAGAGAGAAAGAGAGACAGAGAGAGAGAAAGUCCAGGGAGAGAGGAUGAUGGUUCCAUCGAGUAGGUAGUGCCUAGACGGGGCUCCACCCAGCACUUAGUUCACGUCGCGAGCGUGGCCCGGGGCACGCUGGUAUCCAGGGUACAGUCACGCCCCUGCCGCACAAACUACGUAUUCCCAUUCGCUGGCCCAUAUCUCAUCGGGUCCAUCGCAUUAGCCUAAUCUGCCAACGACGACGAAUAGAAAGCGGCUCGAUUGGGGCAACCAGGGGGCUCGGGGACGAAGAGGGGCCAAGGGGUAGAGAAAAAAAUGCGGCCAUCGACGUUACGUUGUUGUUGCGCUGUGUGCUCGGCACGAAAUCGCGGCGAGCUGCUGCCACCUAUCGAAACGAAUCCGAGACCAAGACCGGUCCCCGGAUCGAUUUUUUUCCUAUCUCUCUAUGUCGGACGCGUCUAUUUCUUUAAUAUUUCCGUUUUUUUUUUUAACCUGUGAUUUCUUUCCGUUAACGUUGAAUAGUUUGUUGUUAAUCGGGCGAAGAUUACGUUGAACAUCGGCACGAUGUUUCCUACUUGUUGUUUGUUCGACUCGGUAAGAUUUGUCAAAUGUGUUCUUCUUGUUUUCUGCAUUCUUAUUCUUUCUUUCUUUCUUUUUUGUCUUUUUUCUUUUUUGUUUAAAUGACGAGAAACGAAUUGCUUCAGCCGUGUACAAAGUAGUCGCUAAGGUUUUGUUUAACUGUCUUUAAAAGUCGAUGUAGGUGUGCGGAAAAAGUGUUUAUAUGCUGUUACAAGUCGUAUAUUCUCGCAGUAUGCGAGGAGACACGGACUGGACGUAUACCAUGUUCGAGAGGAAGAUGGUAAGACAUCGGUUUGAUUUCUUGUCUCCAUGCGUUUUUUCUUAUUCUCAGUAUUAAAGUGUAUAUGAUUUAUCAUUUGAUUCGCUUCGAACAUGGAUGAUAAAUUGGGAUGUUGUAUAAGAUAUGUUGAAUAAAUUAAUACAUUGAUUUGACGGAUUA